AUGACUGUGGCCCUGAUCCUCCCCGUAGCAGCAUGUGUGUUCUCACUGGGAGUUGGGCUGUGGGUUAUCUGCAGCCAACUUAUGACUGAGGACAUCCCAGCAGAGGUUGACAACCCCUGGAAAUUGAGGAUCUUUAGCUACAUUUUCCAGCUGAUGAUGACGUGGGGGAUGAUUUUUGAGAAGUUGGGAUUCUGUUAUAGAACAGAGUUUGUCAGUUUUUUGCACGAUCUGCCACCACUAAAGAAGCAUCCAGGCGUUGUGGUCACGGAUCUCCAUUUUGGGACAAUCCCUGUGAAACUGUACAGGCCUGAGACACCCUCAAGUAGGCCCAGACCUGGUGUUAUCUUCUUUCAUGGCGGUGGGUCCGUCGUGGGAAGCUUAAAAACUCAUCAUAAUUUCUGCUCACAUUUGUGCAAGAAGAGUGACUCAGUGGUUCUGGCAGUCAGAUACCACAAGUCACCCAGGCAUAAGUUUCCACAGAUGAUGAAAGACUGUACAGUGGCCACCAUCCACUUCCUGAAGUCCCUGGAUUUGUGUGGUGUGGAUCCAGCCCGAGUUAUUGUCUGUGGUGACAGCGUGGGAGGGGGCUUGGCAGCCCUGACUUGUCAACUGUUUGUGAAUCGUCCAGAUCUCCCUAAGAUCCGUGCCCAGAUUCUGAUCUAUGCCGUUCUCCAAGCCCUGGACUUCCAGUCUCCUUCCUUCCAGCAGAAUCGGAACAUCCCAAUGCUCACUUGGGAUUUUGCUUUCUACUGUUGGUGUAGUUACCUGGAUAUCAGCCCUACCUGGAAAAGUAUAGUUGAGAAAGGUGCUCACUUGCCUCCAGAAGUCUGGGAGAAGUACAGGAAAUGGUUGGGUCCAGAGAAUAUUCCAGAGAGGUUUAAGAAGAGAGGCUAUCAAUCCAAGCCCUUUGAGCCUGUGAAUGAGGAUGCUUACUUAGAGACAAGACUUGCUAGGCAAUGGACAUGCUCGCCGCUAAUCGCAGAAGACAACAUAGUGUCUCAGCUCCCAGAAGCUUGUAUUGUGAGCUGUGAGUACGAUCUCCUCUGUGACCAUUCACUCCUGUACAAGAAGAGACUAGAAGACUUGGGGGUGCCCGUGACUUGGCACCACGUAGAGAAUGGUUUUCAUGGUAUGCUUACUAACAUUGAGAAAGGCUUCUUCCACUUCCCCUCCUCCUUGAGAAUUCUAGAUGUGAUAGUCGAUUUUAUUAAGGGACUGUGA